AUGCCUCAACUGAAGAUAUCGCUCGACGAUGAACAGCAUACCUUUGAGGCUGAUAUCGCUGCUAUUGAAAAGCAAUGGAAUUCUCCCCGUCAAGCGCAUUUGAAACGGCCGUACACUGCUCGUGAUAUUGCUGCCCUCAGAAAUUCUAUAGAUGCUACAUCGCCCCUCUCAUCGAUGCAAGCUAUCAAGCUCUGGGCCCAACUGCGUGACCACCAAAAGAAUGGCACAGCAGAACUAACAUUUGGAACCACGGAUCCAACCGUAGUUUCCCAGAUGGCCAAGACACAGCGGACGGUCUAUGUCUCAGGUGCCCUUUGCGGCUUCUCCGAGGUAGCCAUCCCAGGAAUGGACCAUGCCGAUUAUCCUUGGGACACUGUUCCCAAGGUUGUCAGCAAGAUUGUCAAGUCGCAACUAUGGCACGAACAACGGCAACGCCAGUUUCGCUUGUGUCACCCUAAAGAGAAGAGAGACGCACUUGAGAACUGGGACUACCUUGCUCCAAUCAUUGCAGAUGGCGACAUGGGCUUCGGCAGCUUGACUAGUACGAUGAAGAUGGCUAAGGAGUUCGUCGACGCAGGGGUCGCAAUGAUACACAUUGAUGACCUGGCCAUCGGAAUGAAAAAGUUUACCGUCGGUCAAGGACGUACCAUUGUCCCAUUCAGUGAGUAUAUAGAUCGCCUGCGAACUGUCCGUAUGCAGUUUGAUAUCAUGGGGGCCGAAACCUUGCUCUUGUGUCGCUGCGAUACCGACCAUGCAGAAUUCAUCACUAGCGUCAUCGAUGAGCGAGAUCAUGAGUAUGUCGUUGGCGCUACAGUUACCAUAGAGCCCCUGAAGGACUACCUUUAUAAAGCGCAGGCCCAAGGAAAAGAUGUCGUGGCCGCACGUGAGGAAUGGAAGUCUAAGGCCUGUCUCAAAACAUAUGACGAGGCAGUCCAGGCUGUAGCCUCUGAAAGUGAAUUUUCAGCCUACAUAGCAUCCGUCAGAAACGCAAAGUUCUGUUCACUCUUAGCACGACGGCAGAUUGCGGCCGAUACGGUCAAGCAGGAUGUCAUUUUCGAUUGGGAACUACCUCGCUCGGCCAUAGGCCAGUACAUGUUCCAGCCCUGCGUCAAGGCCAUUGUUGAGCGCGCCAUUGAAGCAGCUCCACUGGGCGAUGUGACUUGGUCGCGCAUGGACACGCCGGUAUGGGAGGAUAUUGUCGACUUCCACUAUAAGGUCCGGAAGGUGUUUCCAGAUCGAAUGUUUGCUUUUGGAUACACGGGCCAGUUUGACUAUGAAGCUGCGGGAUUCUCGGCCGAACAGGUCAAGACUAUCCACAAAGAUCUAGCUAAGCUCGGUGUAUGUUGGCAGGUCCAGCCUAUAUGGAGUCUGCAGGGCCUGAAUAUGGAGGCGGAGAAGUUUGGUAAACUCUGGGCUGAAGAGGGGAUUGCAGGGUAUAUCCGGGACAUACAAGGGCCUGCUUUAUCUAAGAAACCUAUGGUUGACGGAUUUGAGAAGCUUGAAUGGUGUGGAGGCUACUUGGCAGACGCUUUCUUUGACACCGUCGCUGGACAGUCGAUUGCAAACUGA